UUCCUUUUCCUCUCUGUCCAAAGUGCUCUAUUUCAAGGUUCAUCAGUUCAAAGUAAAGAAUUUCUGUAUGUCCCUUUAAAACUUUUAAAAUGUCUGUUCCAAGCGUAGUGCAUCAGCUUCAUGUCUUUGUUAACUACGCCACACCUAGCUUUUGUUUACAGUUUUGUCAGUCUCCAUUGUUAAAAUCCAAAAUGUUCUUUCUUUCUUCUUUCUUCUUUCUUAAGAUCAUCUGGGACAGAGUAGGAAUCUCCAAAAUCCUUAUAUCCAAUAUUAAUUUCAAGUAAUCCAAGGUAAAAAGCCAAUUAACAUGUUUUUUUUCCACCCAGAAAGGGAAAUCUCUUCAAUCCACUUCCCUGCUUAGUCACUGCAGACUCCAUGGCUAUUUUGUAGCCAUCCAUCUGUCUAUCUUCAUUAGCUUCAUUUUCUUUUAGAGGCAUUAAUUCUCAGGAAUAUCCAUUUCUCCUAUCCACUCCAGUUAAAGGCACAGUCAAAUUUCAGAACUUUAUUAAUGCCAAAUCAUCCAAUUUAAGUUUACUGCAACAAAAUUCAAUUUGGGUCUUUUACCCAUUUUUUUUUCUUAUCAAUCUUUAAGCCCCGCAGUCCAGCAGCCACUUUUAAAUUUGGGGUCUUAUUUUCCAAUAAUUCCAGAUAGGUACGUUAUAUUGCCUGGGUUGGUGUCACUCACCCGGCUUCUUGAUCUUUGCUCUUUCUUCAUCUUCUUCCUCCAGCACAAUCCUUGUUCCCGAUUGCCACGGUUUCAGGGCAGCCGCCAUGGCUGCCGUUCCGCUGCCACCGACAUGAAGGAGAAGCCUCCAGCCCUGAGGAACUUGCCCGUUCCUCUCGGCCGCCCAAGGCGUUCCUUCUUGUCCCCCUGCCCCUACAAGACAGGAGAGGUCCGCAGACCUAUCGGCGGCAGCUUAGCAGAGGGGAUUUGGCAGGGCUCAGCGGAGCUCGCCAUUUCCCCGUCUGUUUCCCCGCGGCGCCAACUGGAAGUCCGCCAACUCAUAACCUAUUCUCUUAUGGGCUUGCUAUUCUCUUGGCAACCAAAUUGCAUGGAUUCUGCCACUAGUCUUUUUCUAGGGUUUAUGUUUUUUAACUUCCAGGUCUUGCCAAAAGCAUGUUAUUUCCUAUUGGUGCCGCAUCCGGGUAUUAACCAGGUUCAACUCUACUGACCGUAUUUUUCAGACUAUAAGACUCACCUGACUAGAAGGCACAUCUAAAUUUAGAAGAAGAAAAAAACAAAAAAAAAGGUUUUGGCCGACCUUUUUUGGGGCCUUUUCCAGUCUUUUUUCGGCCUGUUUCUGGGGCUAUUUUCGGCCCAUUUUUAGGUGCUUUUUUCAGCUCGUCUUUGAGGCUUUUUUCGACUUGUUUCUGGGGCUUUUUUCCCCAUUUUUGAGGCUCCCCCUCCCCCGUUUUUCAGGCUUUUAGGGGGCUGUUUUUGAGGCUUUUUGGCCCAUUUUUGAGGUUUUUGGGGGGCAUUGUUGAGGCUAUUUUUGGCCUGCUUUUGGGGGGCUGUUUUGACGCUUUUUUGGUCAAUUUUUGAGGCUUUUGGGGGCCAUUUUUGAGGCUUUUGUGUCCCGAUUUUGAGGCUUUUUUUUUGGCCUGUUUUUCCGAAAAAACGUUCCUGUGGUUUUGAAGGUGCAGGAAAAGGAGAGAAACCAACUUGGGUUCUGCCAACCGUUGCACAUUUUUGAUGGCUGCAGCAUCCCACACUCAGGAUCCCCAUUUGUGAUCUUCUCAGCUAGAUUCUGAAGCAAAAUUAGUAGGGAUGCCAGCAGGAAAUUGCAAGUCGCAGUUUGUGGAACAGAUGCAAGUUGGCACUGUCAUGUGACAUCAUGCUUCAUGACCGGCUGCUUAGUGACACAGAAGCCAGUCCCAACUGCACUCAACAAAGAGGAUGGCAAUAAGAGCACUCUGGACAACUGAGAAUAACAAGCAACGUUGAAAAGGAAAUAAAAUUGAGCCAGAAAUCAAAAUAUAUUCCAUUUCCUUCAGAAAACCACACAAUUCUCCUUCUCCAGCAGCUAAUAGACAACAGAGAGAAAAUUAACAUGAGAUUUUGAGCUGGAAAAAGUAGAGGAUACGAAACUCAAGGAUACAUUGCAUGAAAGAUCAAGGAAGAUUAUUUUUCAUUCAGAAAAAGAUGGAAAUAUCUGGAAGUUAGGGGGAAGGAAAAGGUCUUAUUGAGCAGGGCACAUAGGACAGACAAUGAUACAGGCCUUGCUCUGGGAAGAAGCAAAUGGUUUUAAUCAAAACACUACUAAACAAUAGAUCACACAUAUUUUUGACCUCAACAAUAUCAGUUGUGGAAAAUCUCCAUAGAUUUGCUUAUCUUAUAGAUCUGCCAUACAAAUUAUCUGAAUAUGCCAAAAAGUUUGGUCAGAACAGCUUCCUUGUGGUUCAUGGAACGACUCACACAGGAGAGAAGCCAUAUGAGUGCUCCCGAUGUGAAUACUUUACUAAGCAUGGCAAUAUGGUAAUACAUCACAGGACACCCAUCACAUAAGAGUGUCCAAAUUGUGUGAAAGUUUCAUUGGAAAUUACCAUCUCAUGAGACCACAAAGGACUCAGACAGGAGAGAAACCAUUUGAAUGUCCCGAUUGUGGGAAAAGUUUCAGUCACAUUUCCAGCUUGGUGGCACACCAGAAAACUCACACAGGAGAGAAACCAUUUGAAUGUCCUGAUUGUGGGAAAAGUUUCAGUCAGAAUUGCAGCCUGGUGACACACCAGAGGACUCACACAGGAGAGAAACCAUUUGAAUGUUCUGAUUGUGGGAAACGUUUCAGUCGCAAUUCCAGCCUGGUGACACACCAGAGGACUCACACAGGAGAGAAACCAUUUGAAUGUCCUGAUUGUGGGAAACGUUUCAGUCGCAAUUCCAGCCUGGUGAUACACCAGUGCACUCACAAAGAAGAGCAACCAUUUGAAUGUCCUGAUUGUGGGAACAGUUUCUGUAACAAUUCCGGCCUGGUGAUACACCAAAGGACUCACACAAGAGAGAAACCAUUUGAAUGUCCUGAUUGUGGGAAAAGUUUCAGUCGCAAUUCCCACCUGGUGACACACCAGCGGACUCAUACAGGAGAGAAACCAUUUGAAUGUCCUGAUUGUGGGAAAAGUUUCAGUCGCAAUUUCAACCUGGUGACACACCAGAGGACUCAUACAGGAGAGAAACCAUUUGAAUGUCCAGAUUGUGGGAAAAGUUUCAGUCACAAUUCCAGGCUGGUGACACACCAGAGGACUCACACAGGAGAGAAACCAUUUGAAUGUCCUGACUGUGGGAAAGGUUUCAGUCGCAAUUCCAGCCUGGUGAUACACCAGUGGACUCACACAGAAGAGCAACCAUUUGAAUGUCCUGAUUGUGGGAACGGUUUCUGUAACAAUUCCAGCCUGGUGAUACAUCAAAGGACUCACACAGGAGAGAAACCAUUUGAAUGUCCUGAUUGUGGGAAAAGUUUCAGUCAAAAUUCCCACCUGGUGACACAUCAGAGGACUCACACAGGAGAGAAACCAUUUGAAUGUCCUGAUUGUGGGAAAAGUUUCAGUCAGAAUUCCAGCCUGGUGACACACCAGAGGACUCACACAGGAGAGAAACCAUUUGAAUGUCCUGAUUGUGGGAAAGGUUUCAGUAGCAAUUCCAGCCUGGUGACACACCAGAAGACUCACACAGGAGAGAAACCAUUUGAAUGUCCUGAUUGUGGGAAAAGUUUCAGUCACAAUUACAGCCUGGUGAUACACCAGAGGACUCACACAGGAGAGAAACCAUUUGAAUGUCCAGAUUGUGGGAAAAGUUUCAGUUACAAUUCCAGCCUGUUGAAACACCAGAGGACUCACACAGGAGAGAAACCAUUUGAAUGUUCUGAUUGUGGUAAAUGUUUCAGUCAGAAUUCCCACCUAUUGACACACCAGAGGACUCACACAGGAGAGAAACCAUUUGAAUGUCCUGAUUGUGGGAAAAGGUUCAGUAACAAUUCCAGCCUGGUGACACACCAGAAGACUCACACAGGAGAGAAACCAUUUGAAUGUUCUGAUUGUGGGAAAAGUUUCAGUCACAAUUCCAUCCUGGUGACACACCAGAGGACUCACACAAGAGAAAAACCAUUUGAAUGUCCAGAUUGUGGGAAAAGUUUCAGUCACAAUUCCAGCCUGGUGAAACACCAGAAGACUCACACAGGAGAGAAACCAUUUGAAUGUCCUGAUUGUGGGAAAAGUUUCAGUCAGAAUUCCCACCUGGUGACACACCAGAGGACUCACACAGGAGAGAAACCAUUUGAAUGUCCUGAUUGUGGGAAAAGGUUCAGUCAGAAUUCCCACCUGGUGACACACCAGAGGUCUCACACAGGAGAGAAACCAUUUGAAUGUCCAGAUUGUGGGAAAAGUUUCAGUUACAAUUCCAGCCUGGUGAAACACCAGAGGACUCACACAGGAGAGAAACCAUUUGAAUGUUCUGAUUGUGGUAAAUGUUUCAGUCAGAAUUCCCACCUAUUGACACACCAGAGGACUCACACAGGAGAGAAACCAUUUGAAUGUCCUGAUUGUGGGAAAAGGUUCAGUAACAAUUCCAGCCUGGUGACACACCAGAAGACUCACACAGGAGAGAAACCAUUUGAAUGUCCUGAUUGUGGGAAAAGGUUCAGUCAGAAUUCCCACCUGGUGACACACCAGAGGUCUCACACAUGAGAGAAACCAUUUGAAUGUCCUGAUUGUGGGAAAAGGUUCAGUAACAAUUCCCACCUGGUGAAACAUCGGAACACUCACACAGGACAGAAACCAUACGAGUGCCCAGAUUGUGGGAAAGGUUUCAGUACUAAGACUAGCCUUUUAAAUCACGUGCUUAUACACACGGGAGAAACCAUUUAAGUGCCCCAAGAGUGGACGGUGCUUCAGGAAACAUUCCACCCAUAUUGCACACAAGAAAAUGCACAUGGAUUUUCCAAAGUGAUGAGUGAUGACCUAAAGCAGUGGUUCCCAAAGUGGGCGGUACCAAAGUGGGGGGCGGUGGGAUGAUUUAGGGGGGCAGUA